CAGUAUAACUUAUCUAUUCUUACAUAAUUGUCGUGCCUUUUAAUUAAGUAUAUUUAUUGUGAGACUCACUAUUUUGUUUUCAUUAUAGUGGUCGCAUAUCUAUUUGGCAUUGAUAAUUUACUUAUAAGACCUUUCAUCUCUUGACCCCCCCCUUCUCCUACACAUCAACCUUCACACAUUAUCAUCAACAUAUUCCCAACAUCACCCUAAAUAGAUUAUGUCCAAGACUUCGAGAGCACAACAAAUAAUCACAUUAGAUUCAUUGCGUUCACUUAAUAAUUUAUCGGAUAUUAAUUCACCAUUAACUGAUUCUUCAUCAACAUCAACAACUACAACUACAACAGCUACAAAUAAAAAGCCUAUUAUCUGGAAAGAUUUGGGAGCUUUCUUGGAUAAGAAGAUAGAAAUUAAGAGAUCAUCUCAAUAUUUAGAUUCUCAUUCCCUUAUAUCAAAUUAUACCCUUAAUUCAAUUCCUGAUACUUCAUUUUUAUCAACUAAUAUCAAAUAUAAAAUUUGUAAGUCUUGUAAUAGACCCAUUGGAGAAACAAGUUUAUCAAAUCAUUAUACCAAGUGUUUUGAAUUAAAACAAAAGAGACAACAAGAAGCCUUAGCUGAAAUUCGUGAUAGUUCCAAUAAUAGUACUCUUAAUAGUAGUAAUAAUAAUUCAAAUAUGAUUAAUAAGAGAAAAAGAGGUAAACAAUUUUUAGAAAUUGAAACUUCAUCAGUUGAUUCAUCAAGAAAUUCUACUCCUGUUCCAAAUACUCCAUUGAAUGGAGCAAAUAAUGGUUCUUCAGCUGCACCUGUUAAGCCUAAGAAGAAAUAUAAGAAAUCACAAACUCAGAAGGAGAAAGAAGCCGCUAAUGCAGCAGCAGCAGCUGCAGCUGCCGCUGCUGCUGCUAAUGGUGGUACUAGUAAUUCUGAUUCACCAGCUGGUUCUGAGAAGAAGAAAAAGAAACAACCUAAACCAAGGGCAGUUGCAAAACCUAAGGGUCCAGUUGAUGUUGAGAAACAAUGUGGGGUACCUUUAGCAUCAGGAGGAUUUUGUGCACGUUCAUUAACUUGUAAAACUCAUCCUAUGGGAGCUAAACGUGCUGUUCCAGGUAGAAGUGCUCCUUAUGAUGUUUUAUUACAACAAUAUCAAAAGAGAAAUCAAGCCAAAAUUGCUGCAAACAAUGCUUUGGCAGCUCAAAGAAGAGAAAAUGCAGUAUUUCAUGGUGGACAAGAUAUUAAUGGUGAUGGUAAUUUGAAUUAUAAUAAAAUCCUUGAUCCUGAUGAAGAAACUCAUUUAGUAUUAGAAGGAUUAUCAAAGAAUAAUCCAAUACCAUUAGAAAGAAAAAUUAUAUUACCUGUUAGAUAUCGUCAUAGAUUUUUAGUUGGAAGAGAAUUUUAUGCUAAUUCAUUAAUAAAAUUACAACCUAAUCAAGCUCAACAUGCUAAUAGUAGUGGGAAUUCUAAUGGAAGUGCCACAUCUUCUAAUGGAAGUAAUGGUCCAGGAAGUGCAAAUGAACAACAAACAUUAGCCACUCAAGCUAUUUCUGGAUCAAUUGGAGGUUUACAAGGUAGAUGUGCAUUAAUUAAUGUUGAUGCAGCACCAAUUACUAAUUAUGAUUCUCCAAGUCAAACUUUUAGUUCAAUACCGGGAGAAAUUUAUCAAGUUAGAGCUCCACUGAGAGCUAUUGCAACUACUGCUCAAUAUAAUAUUCGUCAACAAGAAGUAUUCCAGAAGCAAUUAUAUCAAUUACAACAAAAGCAACAACAAAUGUUAUUAAUGAGACAAAGGCAACAACAAGCUCAAGGUCAACCUCAAGUCCAACAACAGAGUCAAGGACAACCUGUUCAAGCUCAAUCUGGUCAACGUACAGGAGGACCUGUACCUUCUUAAUUUUUAUAUUAUGGUUCCAUAAGUUUCAAUUAUUU